AUGAAGACAAUGACCAAGACCUCAGAUAAAGAUGAGGGCCAUGUGGAGCAUGUAGAUAUGCUCAAGGGGGAUUUGGAAGUGACUCCUCAGUAUGAUCAGUUUGGCUCGGCGGCGAAGGUUGACCCAAAAGAGAUCGCACUCGUUCGGAAAAUCGAUAUUUACAUGAUGCCAAUAUUGUGGUUUAUGUACUUCUUGAAUUUCCUUGAUCGGAACGCCAUGGUGAAUGACAAGCUCAACAGCCUUUCCGAGGACCUAAAACUAGAGGUAACACAGUACAAUACCUGCAUCAGUAUCUUAUUUGUUGGUUAUUUACUAGGCCAGGUCCCAUCCAACAUGCUCCUCAAUCGCGUCAAGCCAGCUCACUAUAUGGCGGGCUUUAUGAUGGCCUGGGCUAUUGUCUCCACCUUGACUUGUCUUGUCAAGGACUACUAUGGGAUGCUGGUUUGUCGCUUGAUUCUCGGAAUUGUUGAAGCCCCAUCUUACCCUGGAGCCUUGUUCAUGAUAUCGCUUUUUUACAACAGAAAGGAAGUCACCACACGAAUGGCUAUUCUCUACACUGGAAACAUGCUGGCAAGUGCACUCUCUGGUCUAAUCUCGGCUGUGGUAUUUUCCGGUCUAGACAAGAAGGCUGGCAUAGCCGGAUGGCAGUGGCUUUUCCUGAUUCAGGGUGUCGUCACUGUCGCCGUGGCUAUUCUUGCAUUUUUCGUCCUACCAAACUCGCCGCUUCAGACGCCAUGGCUUACCCCAGAGGAGAGACAACUGGCCCAUCACCGCAUCGCUCGCGAUACAACCCAAAAGCAAGAAGGUACCAGCACAUGGGGAGGACUGAGAGAGGCUUGUACUGACUGCCGUACCUGGAUCUUUGCAUUGAUGUGCAAUCUUCACCUUUCCGCAAAUGGAUUCAAGAACUUCAUGCCAACUGUUGUAAAGACACUUGGCUUCAAUGACACCAUCACUCUGGUGCUCACCUGUCCACCUUAUCUCCUCGCGACGUUCACUUCAGUGGCCGUAUCUUGGUCUUCUGGUCGUCAAAAUGAGCGGACCUGGCAUACAACUAUCUCGAAACUAUUAGCCAUUGUGGGAUUUGCUGUUGGAUGUGGUACUUUGAAUAUCGGAGCUCGGUAUUUUGCCAUGAUUUUGUUUGUGGCUGCGACCUACGGUGUAAACAACAUCAACAUCGCUUGGGUUGCGGCAACGGUCGGCCAAACAGAUGAGAAAAAGGCUGUGGCGAUCGCAAUUACCAAUACUUUGGGAAAUCUGGCUAGUGUAUACUCCCCAUAUUUGUGGCCUGACAGUGAUGCCCCGAAGUUUGCCACGGCCAUGUACUGUAGUAUCGGAUUCUCGGCGGGAGUCGUCAUCUUGGCUUGGGUAAUGAGGUUUAUCCUGGUCAAACAGAACAAGAAGAUUCUGACUGACAAUCCGGAGGAGAUAAAUCUCUAUGCCUACUGA